AUGAGUAUCCAUAUCAGUGAUGAAGAAGCAGAAGUAAGAAAUUUUGAUCAAAAAAAUAAAAUAAGUAGUCAUGAAAAAAAUCAAAUCAUAAACAACUUUAUUAUUAAUUAUAACAUGAAUAAGGAAAAUGAAAUAAACCAAAUAAAUGAAAUAAAUGAAAUAAACCAAAUAAAUGAAAUAAACCAAAUAAAUGAAAUAAAUGAAAUAAACCAAAUAAAUGAAGUAAAUGGAUCUAAUCAAAGUGUAAAUAGAAAAAAAAAUAUGGACACAGUUUAUAAGAAUAUUAUAAACAUGUCAAACAACAUGACCCAAAUGUAUAAUAGUAUGAACAACAUGUCACACAAUAUAAUCAAUGCGUCACAUGAUAUGAUAGAGGCUUCAGGAAAUAUAAACAGUCAUAUAAAUGACACGAAUAAUCAAACAAAUUAUAUGAUGAGCAGUCAUAUAAAUAAUAUCGAGAAUGAAACAAAUAAUAUGAUGACUAGCCAAAUAAACAUCUUAAAUCAGAAUCCAUAUAUUAGAUCCAGUCACAUAAACACUGACCAUAUGAACCAAUUAGACAACAUCAGUAGUCAGACAUGCCCUAAUAUUAAUAAUAACUGCACUGCAAAUUACAACGAUAUAAACAACUCUUAUGUGAAUGUUCUAUACUUUAGAAAAUUAAAAUUAAAUAAAAAGUUGUUCGAAAAAUUAAAAAAUAAAAAUAUUGUAAUAUAUUUAAAAUAUAAAGAUAGCACGUGUACUAGUGAAAAAAUAGAAAUAACAGAUCCUGAGAUUAAUAAUUUAUAUUUAUGCUUUUUAGUUACAGAACCCUUUUUAGAAAACGAAAAGAAAAUUGUUAAAAUCUAUAUCAAAUGUUUUAAAGAUGGCAAAUAUAAAAUAUUAUCUUUUGGAUUUGUAGAAUUAAAUUUUAUUGAUUUUAGUGAAAAAUUUUAUAGGAAAAAAAGUUACAUGUUAUGUUAUGAUAAAAAAAAUAAUAAAUAUAUUUUUGGUUAUUUCAUAUUAAUUCUAGCAAAUCAAAUAAAAUGGAAGGUAUGUGAUAAUAAAGUAUUUUAUGAAUAUAUCAAAAAGUCCUAUUUUGUAUCCAAUCGAAAGAAUUAUGAUCAACAAAUAUUUUAUAUAUGUAAAAAAAUACAAAAAAAAUUAUUACAAUCAUAUUAUACAAACACAACUAAUCCUUAUAGAAAUUUACAUAACCAAGCUUUAUUAAAACAUUUUAGUGUUACCCAUAGUUGCCCAGGUACUUUUAGUCUGAAUACUACUAAAAACAAAAAUUCAUACGAUCAUUACAAAAACGAAAAUGAUAUAGAAACAAAAAAUCAAAAUUAUCUUCAUGAUAUUAAAAAGUCUAAAUCAUUAAUACCUUUGAAUCUUAUGAAAAAUGAUAUAUUAUAUCCCCAAUUAUCUCAUGAUAAUUAUAAAAUAAAAAGCAUGAUACAUAAUAGUUAUAAUAUUGCAAAUUAUACUACAUAUAAAGAAAAAUGGGAACAUGAAAAUUUAUAUGAAAUGAAAAAAAAUAAUUCUAUUCAAGAGCAAAAUGAUAUGUCAAUGAAUUUUAAAGGUAUAGAAAAUGGAACAGCAAAUUUCUUAUCAAAUCAUGAAGGAAAUGAACAAAUUAAUGAAUACAAAAACAGGUAUCAAAGAAAUAAUGCUUAUCAAAGUGGUGAACAAAAUUAUAAUUCCAAGACUCUUGAUAUAAAACAAGUCACAAAUGAAAUAGAAGAUAUUAAAAGUGAACAAAAUAACGUAUACUCAAAUAUAACAGAAAAUCCCUUUUUUAAUACCGAUGAAUAUGAAAUUAAUAAUUCAUUCAAUAAUAUACAUGAAUAUAAUGAUACAGAUAAAAAUGAAUAUAUAAAAAAUAACGUAGAUAACCAAGAAGAGGAAUCAAUAGAAAAAAAUAUUUUUGAUAAUAUUAUAUGUGAAAAGUUGCAGAACAUUUUAAAUAAUGAUAUUGAAAGUUUUAUACAAGAGAUACAAUUCAUACUUGAACAUUUAAAGAAAAAAAUAAUAAAAAAAAAUGAUUAUUUCUUAAAUCAAUUAAAAAAUGAUCAUGUAUAUGAAUAUAAUCCAGAACUAAAUUCCCAAAACAAAAAUGAACAUAACGAAGAAUAUACAUUAGAAGAGUAUAUAAAUAAAUCCAAAUAUAAUAAUAAUGUAAAAAAUGAUAUUAUGAGUAUAUUACAAAAUUGUUUAAAUACCACCUUAUUAUAUAUUAAAUGUAUUUUAAAAGAUACUAAUAUAAACAUGCAAGAAAAAAACAUUUUUGCAGCAUAUGAAAAUAUCGUUAAAAAUAUAAAACAAGCUGUAUCACAUUAUGUAAUGGAAAAUGAAACAUUUAAUCAUGAUAUAUUAAAUACGGAUAUAUUAACUCGAAAUAAAUAUAUUCCUUUACAUACCUCUCUUUCAAAAUCAAGAAACUCUAUUACAAACAAAAAUUGUAAAUUAACAAAAAUAGAAAUUCAAGAAAAUGAAAUGGAAUCAGAUAAAGAAAAAUAUGUAGGUGAUUAUAAUAAAACAUCAAAUGUGUUAAAACAAAAGAAUAACAUGAAUUCAUACAUUAAUAGUGAUGAAACAUUAAGUUCAUCAUCACUAUCAAGUUGUUCAAAUGAAUCUCACAAAAAAAUAAAACUUAUGAGUAGACAAAUAGAACAUUUCAAAAUGAAUUCAUAUAUAAAUGAAAAUAUAUCAAGCGCUUUCAAAUAUUAUGAACUCAAAUGGAAGAAUAAAUUGGCAAAAAUUGGGGCAUAUAUAUAA